GACCAACAAAUGUGUAAGUACAUCUACCUACACACAAACACAGGACCCACAGUUCUGGAACAACAAUCAUUUACAGACAUCGGACAACAUACCUCUUCCUCCGCUAACCAAUCAGCAACCUCCUGAGUUCUGGUGCACCAUUACAUAUUUUGAGCUGGACCAACAGGUGGGCGAGACUUUCAAGGUGCCAUAUAGUUGUUCUACAGUAACUGUUGAUGGUUAUACUGACCCCUCCAGUUUGGACCGCUUCUGUCUCGGACAGUUGUCUAAUGUCCACCGAACGGAGGCAAGUGAAAGAGCAAGGUUACACAUAGGAAAGGGAGUACAGUUAGACUACCGAGGGGAAGGUGAUGUUUGGAUACGCUGUGUCAGUGACCACAGCGUCUUUGUCCAGAGUUACUACCUCGAUAGAGAGGCAGGGCGUGCUCCAGGUGAUGCUGUGCACAAAAUAUACCCAAGUGCAUACAUAAAGGUAUUUGACAUAAGACAAUGCCACCGACAGAUGCAGCAACAAGCGGCCACUGCACAAGCUGCAGCUGCAGCUCAAGCUGCCGCUGUGGCAGGAAACGUUCCUGGACCAGCCUCUGUUGGGGGUAUUGCCCCUGCUGUUGGUCUUAGUGCGGCUGCUGGUAUUGGUGUAGAUGAUUUAAGACGACUUUGUAUUCUACGUCUGAGUUUUGUUAAGGGCUGGGGACCAGACUAUCCCCGUCACAGUAUUAAGGAGACUCCAUGUUGGAUUGAAGUUCAACUCCACCGCCCACUACAACUCCUGGACGAAGUUCUACAGACAAUGCCACUUAGCAGCGAAGUACGGCCACGUGGCUUCUUCCUAGGCUAGACUCUCAUAGCAGUUUUUAUUUAUCACAUUGCCACCACUUGUUUCCUGGACUACCACACAAUGAUUAUUUCACUGAGGAAAAUAUCCAGCAUUUUAAACAAAUGCAGGUUACUGCCAUAGCUCAUUCUAAAAUGUGACAGAAGUUGGUUUCCAGUGAGAAGUGUUCAACCCUGAUGUUCAAUGUGGAAAAGGGAAAAAAAUUUCAAUGUCCAAACCAAGUGCUGAAUUUCAAAAAUCUUCAACCUAGAGUUUGUAAUUCCUUUCCAUGCUUUUCUUGAGAAAGACUUGAAUAUAUUAUGCCACUGGAAAAUGAAUUGCUGUGCCAAGUAAGCUGCUCUUACCUAAGAAAUAGACCAACAAAUCAUUGAUCUCUACAGAAAGAGUAGAAUAUGUAAUAGACAAAAGGGUUAUGUUUUCUGUGUGGGCAAUAUAGAAUUCUGAAAGGAGUUAAACCACAAGAUGUGACGAGAUGCUGAACAAUAUUUUAAACAUUAGUGUAGAAAUUCUGUAAGAUCUCUAACAGUAUUGAAGAGAUACUGUAAUGUCUUUGUUACUGAGACAAGAUGCUAUAAGACCUUUGUAACUAUAAUGAGGAGAUGCUAUAAGACCUUUGUAACUAUAGUGACAUGAUGUUGUAAGAUCUUUGUAACUAUAAUGACAAGAUGCUAUAAGAUCUUUGUAACUAUAGUGAUGAGAUGCUAUAAGACCUUUGUAACUAUAGUGACGAGAUGCUUUAAGAUCUUUGAAACAUCGGUGUUGAGAUUCUGAAAGAUCUCUUUCAACAAUAUUGACUAGAUGCUAUGUAUAGAAAUCACAUAGAGUUGAGAUUUGUUAGGGAAUAAAACAGCCACAUUAUAAGGUACUUAAUGAUGACCAGUACUGACUUGAAAACUUUGUUAGAUUCUGACAUUUAACUCUUGGUGCGUAUAUCAUGUUUAAUUUGUUGUUAUUGUUUGUAAAGACAUUCUUGUUCCAUAGAUUACCGGUGCACCACAAAUGUAAAUAUUGUACCAUCACCGACACCAUCAUUACUGAUAAUAAACAUUGUAACCAGUUCUUCCAUGGUUACUAAUGGUAAUCAUAUGUAAUCAUCAUUCAUGGAUUUCAUGGGAGUCAAAUGAUUUUUAUAGUCACUGACAGAAACCUGCCCAUUGUAAUCAUUCAUUAAAUCUUAAUGCAGAAGUUUUAGUUCAUCAUAGGAAUAAGGAAAGGAUGUGGAUUUUUGUUAAAAAUUGACUGAUCUUAAAAAAAAAAUGACGUGAAGUUAUAAUGUUAUAAGAGUGCAUACAAACAGUCUAAGGGUCAAUUUUUCUUUAAGGGCUCAUGAACAAAGUUUGAGAACGGCAUUGGAAAUUGUCUGGUCUAUAAAUGCCAACUGGAAGCAAUUCAAUGCUUAUAUAAGAUUUGUUUCUAAAGAUAAACAUAAAUUGGUCUUUUUUAUGCUAAAAAAGUAAACAAAGCUUUAUUUCAAAGGUUGUGUGAUGGAGAUUGUUGAAAUGGUAUCAUCAUUUAAGAAAAUAAAUGUUUCAUACGAUCAAACUUUGGUGUAUCAUGUAAAUGUUGUACUGUUACCUUUGUCAAUUUUCUUGUCCUUCUAGAUACACAGAUUGAUUUUAAAAGGUUUGUUAUUUUAUAAUUGCACGAAUUUCAUUUACAUGUUAAUCAUAUUUAUGUAGUCUGUACAAUUCUACAUAUCCAUAAGUCUCCUUGAAUAUUCAUAAACCUUCAUAAAUAACCAUAAAGCUUCAUAAAUAUGCAUAGUCCUGAAUGCAUUAGAGCGCUUUGUUCCAUCCGUCAAAAUUAUAGCUGUAUGCUUUUGGGGGUCUUUAAAAAAGAUAUGGAAAAAGUCAAUAAUGAUUGAUUUUAACUUGUGUUAAUCUGUGGGUAAUGAUCCUGAUAAUUCUGAUGUACAUGUAAAAUGUAUCACCAGGAGAAGUACAUUAAUAUUACCAUGUAAUUCACAGAGUUUUACUUUAUAAAAUACUCUAAAAUAAUUUGAUCAUCUUUGACACAAAAACAGCAGGGCUUUUUGGCAAUCAUUAGCAGGCUGUCAACCGAUUCCUAUAUUUUCCUAUAUUUUGGUUCAAAACUUAUAUUUUGAAAGAUCUCCUUUAUUUCCUUUAUUUUCCUAUUUUUUAAAAAAAUAUUCUUAUAUUUUUCAGGAAAUUUAUCGCCGAUAAAUGUGAGAUUGUAAAUAUUUCUUUAAUACUGCAUUUUGGCUUCAGUAUUUUAGUUUUUAGUCUUUAACAGCAUCACCAGCCACCAGAAAAUGACUCAGUGCAUCUCUUUAUUAUUUGUAUGGGCACUUGCAAGGCAGUACAAAAGGAUAUUGGCCUUUUAGGUGCCCAUUGAGAUGAUGAUGAUGAUGAUGUUGAUGAGCUAUGCAGAAGAAUUGUUAGUAUAAAUGCCUUUGAAUGAAAUGAUUUUCAUUUGGAGAACUCUUAUAUUUUGCCUAAGCACUAGAAAAAAACCUAUAUUUGUUGGAAAAAAUAUUCCCAUAUUCCUGCUAUAUUUUGAAGGAGACUUGGUUGACAGCCUGCUUAAAGGAAAAGCUCUAGUAGAAAUCAUAAGUAGUAAACUAUAUAUUUUGGGAAUUCGGCCAUAUUAUGAAAUAAAUCGAAUUGGGAAUGGGACCCACAGAAGAGGUCCCAGGUAAAACGCUGCAAAUAUGAAAUUUGUCUUGAAUCAGAAUUCAGGCAAAGAAACCACUUUUAAACAAUGUUCGUUAGAUUUUAUGUGGUAGAUAUUUUGUCUACAGGAUUCACUUGAUUCAUUCAGGCUCCAUAGUACAUGUUCAUCAACAUAUAUCAUCAUGUUGUCUAUUUAUGCAUGCAUCUUUACCUAUUCAAAAAGUCUGCAGAUUCUCAGACCAUCAUAUUGUUUAUUUUUAGCUCAACUGGCCCUUUGGACAAGAAAUGACCUUGACUUGUAUUCAAGGCCACAGGGGUCAGAAUUGUUUAAAAAAAACUUGAAACUACUUCUCCUCAUGAGACAUGAUGUUUGGCUGGUAUAUAGCAGAUGAGUGCUGCAGGCCCAUUGGUUGUCUUGUUGUCUUAACCUAUUACUACCAAAAGUCUUCAGAUUCACAGACCAUCAUUUUAAAAAUCAAAACCAAACAAAGGCAAACAAAAAUUGCAGUUUGCAAAUAUUCAUUUUAAUUUCCCGCCUCCCCACCCCACCACUACUACCACCACUCACACACACACACACACACACACACACACACACACACACACACACACACACACACACACACACACACA